GCAUAGCGGCAAGAGAGAAGGGGGAAAUAAUUUUGUAACCCUUGAGAGCGGCAACCGGCCCGGCCUGGCCGAGCGGCCCUCAUUAAAAAAUUGGCUCUGAAAAAGGGGGUCUUUGUAGCGGCACAUACCCGUGUCACCAAUAUAUGCGAGUACAUUGGGAUUUAUCAAUCGAAUCAUGUAUUUUGGAGGUGGAAAACUUUCAAUUGACGUCAAAGAAUUUGAAAUUAGGUAUUACAUAAAGGUAAUAAUUGAGUUCAAACCCAUAUAAAUUAUCAUUUGUUCAUUUUGGGGGAUUUUGUAUCAUAUAGUAAUGGGUGACAUUCAUGGAUUUUGAAUGCCAAUAUGCCAGGCGCGGUAAAAAAAAAAAAUGUUGCCAAUUUGAAUGAAAUGUAAAAAUCCAUGUCAAAAUUAUUAAUUGUCACUGUGUGUCAAAAUAGAAUAGUCAAAGUGGAUGAUUGAUAUGAUCAGUCUUGCUUCGAUAUUUAAUAUAAUAUCUUGUGCAUCUUUCUGGUCUUAGCGGUAAUUUUGACAUUGGAAUCAUUGCAAGGUCAAACUUUUUUGUUUUGCAUUGUUGUGGGUCAACCUAGAUACACGCACCCGCUAUUGCUUGCACCUACAUGUACAAAGCAUGAAGCUUAAUUCCUAUUCACUGUCGAAGCCUAUGUAACGACCCCGGUCCCGGCUUGUACAUUUCGAUAGCAACCGCUCAAACAAAUGCUUAACGCAGGGCAAUCAAGUGCUGUUGGAUUAUAUGCGAAUGUGUACUGUGCGCGUGCGUGGCCACGCACUGCGCAUUCCAACUUCGACAGCGAAUAUAGAACCAUAUGUCAAAAAAUGCUGAUUACAACGAUUUACCCUAGACCUCUAUAACAAAACAAAUUUCUGUUUAUUUGUGUUGUUGGCAUAGGGUUCUGCGUUGAACUGCUCGCGAAACACCCAACGAUGAACAUGCAGUAUCUGCAGAAACUUUGCAUGCUUUUUGGGUUGUCAAAAUAAUUUUCCUGAUUUUUUCAUUGGAUUGUAGACCAUGCAAGACUGGAUCUAUGACAAUUCCAUUGAGAAACAAAAAUAAGACAGGGAAAUUAAGUUCUAGAGGAAGCUUUGUAGGUGCACCGCUAUCGCAAGAGAUAGCGGGUGCGUGUAUCUACAUUGUAGGGUCAAACAGUCUUUUUUAACACAAUUUUUCUGACACAAUAUGAAAAAUAUGUACAUGUUUUUAUUUUCCUGCAGCAACUACUUGCCCAAGAAGACGAGCGAUGUGAGGAGUCGCGGUUGCAGGGCUAGGGCUUUUUUUUUCAAGCAUCAAGAUCAAGGAAAGAGUCACUGACAUGCUGACCAGAAGAAGACAUUGUGGUGUUGGAAAACCCAACCCCCUUGAGGUAGCAGCACAAUACACAGAGAAAGAAAAGGACCCUCCUCACUUCAUUGUCAAGCUGUUUGAGAACAAAGGAAGAGGGAUAGUGGCACAAAGAGACAUCUCAAAAGGGGAGUUUUUGUUGGAGUACCCAGGCCAACUUAUAUCUGCCCAAGAAGGCAACCAACGUGAGGAGGAGGAAUCAUCUGGUUUUCGUUUUUUUUUUAAGCAUCAAGGACAAAGCUACUGCAUUUCAGAGGACAAGUUCAAAGGGAAGAAGAAGAAGGAGAGACACAAGUCCACCAACAGGAAAGAGGGACUCUAGGACAACAACAAGAAGGAGAGAUGCAGGUUCACCAGCAAGAAGGACAGACACAAGGACAUGAACAAGAAAGAGGGACUCUAGGGCACCAACAAGGAGAAGACAUACAUGUCCACCAACAAGGAGAGACAGAGGACCACCAACAAGAACGAGGAACACAAAUCCACCAACAAGGAGGAGAUACACAUGUCCACCA